AGCAGUCUCCGGAAGCUGCCGCUGGCUGCUCUGUUAACGCGUCCCGCGAGCGAGGCGCGUCGCAAAAGGUCGCGGCGGAACUUCCCAGCGCUUUUCAGACCAUACGCUUUACGGUACUAGGCAUUGCUGAGCUGGGAGAUGUCGGCGGCGUGUUGGGAGGAACCGUGGGGUCCUCCCGGCGGCUUUGCGAAGCGGGUCCUGGUGACCGGCGGUGCUGGUUUCAUUGCAUCACAUAUGAUUGUCUCUUUAGUGGAAGAUUAUCCAAACUAUAUGAUCAUAAAUCUAGACAAGCUGGAUUACUGUGCAAGCUUGAAGAAUCUUGAAACCAUUUCUAACAAACAGAACUACAAAUUUAUACAGGGUGACAUAUGUGAUUCUCACUUUGUGAAACUGCUUUUUGAAACAGAGAAAAUAGAUAUAGUACUACAUUUUGCCGCACAAACACAUGUAGAUCUUUCAUUCGUACGUGCCUUUGAGUUUACCUAUGUUAAUGUUUAUGGCACUCACGUUUUGGUAAGUGCUGCUCAUGAAGCCAGAGUGGAGAAGUUUAUUUACGUCAGCACAGAUGAAGUAUAUGGUGGCAGUCUUGAUAAGGAAUUUGAUGAAUCUUCACCCAAACAACCUACAAAUCCUUAUGCAUCAUCUAAAGCAGCUGCUGAAUGUUUUGUACAGUCUUACUGGGAACAAUAUAAGAAACCUUACGUUAGGAAAAAAUCUCUUCCCUUUGACCUUAAGUUUCCAGUUGUUAUCACAAGAAGCAGUAAUGUUUAUGGACCACAUCAAUAUCCAGAAAAGGUUAUUCCAAAAUUUAUAUCUUUGCUACAGCACAACAGGAAAUGUUGCAUUCAUGGGUCAGGGCUUCAAACAAGAAACUUCCUUUAUGCUACUGAUGUUGUAGAAGCAUUUCUCACUGUCCUCAAAAAAGGGAAACCAGGUGAAAUUUAUAACAUCGGAACCAAUUUUGAAAUGUCAGUUGUCCAGCUUGCCAAAGAACUAAUACAACUGAUCAAAGAGCCCAAUUCAGAGUCUGAAAUGGAAAAUUGGGUUGAUUAUGUUAAUGAUAGACCCACCAAUGACAUGAGAUACCCAAUGAAGUCAGAAAAAAUACAUGGCUUAGGAUGGAGACCUAAAGUGCCUUGGAAAGAAGGAAUAAAGAAAACAAUUGAAUGGUACAGAGAGAAUUUUCACAACUGGAAGAAUGCGGAAAAGGCAUUAGAACCCUUUCCGGUAUAAUCACCAUUUAUAUAGUCGAGACAGUUGUCAAAGAAGAAAGUUAUCCUACCUCGCCAAGUGGUAUGAAAUUAAGUGACCAAAUGAAGUGCACUCUUUUCUUUUGGAAUUAGAUUCAUGACUUUCUGUAUAAAAUUCAAAUGCAGAAUGCCUCAAUCUUUGGGAGAGUUUCAGUACUGGCAUAGAAUUUAAAUGUCAAAAUUCUUUCUGAAACCCUUUCUCCUAGAAACUAGGAAAUAAUAGUUGUAGAAGACUCUCCCUAAGGGUAGCCAGGAAGAAGUCUCCUGAUUCGGACAACCAUGAGGGGUAGUGGUGCUAGGCAGAUGGCAACCUUCACUGGUUUUGAACUCAGUGCCUAAGAAAGUCUCUGAAAUGUUCGUUUUUAGGCAAUAUAGGAUGUCUUAGGCCCUAAUUCACCAUUUCUUUUUUAAGAUCUGAUAUGCUAUCAUUGCCUUAAUAAUGGAACAAAACAGAAGCAUAUCUAACACUUUUUAAAUUGAUAAUUUUGUAAAAUUGAUUACGUUGAAUGCUUUUUAAAAGAAGGGUGUAAAGUUUUUAUAUUUUCACAAUUAACGUAUGUAAAACCUUGUAUCAGAAAUUUAUCAUGUGUUUACUGUUUAAAAUGAUUUUAUUUAUAAAAUUGUCAAUAUCUUAAUGUAUUUAAUGUAGAAUAUUGCUUUUUAAAAUAAUGUUUUUAUUUUGCUGUAGAAAAAUAAAAAAAAUUUGAUUAUA